AUGACGGAUCAAUCAAUUUUUGGUCGUUUUCAGGCGAAUGACGUUCCGUACGUAGCCUUUCGAGACGAUAACGAAGAUCCCGAAGAAGAAUUUUCAGAAAGCUUAGUUCUGCGUCCAACACCGAGUACUUCGUCACGGACUACACCUUCAACAUUCCAAAAUUUUACUACAAACAGGCAACAACGUUAUCAGCAUUUGCCUGAGGACGAUGAAAUUGAAGAAGACUCUGAUCAGGAUAGUAAUGAGGCACCCGCUUCAUUGAUAGUAGAGAUGCCUCAGCAGCGCAGCAAAAAGACUCACCCAAGCCCAAGACCAGGAAUGAACUUACGAGAAUUAACAAUGUGGAAAUGGGUCAACGUUGAAAACUUAGACUUGUUUUUUGAGCAGGUUUAUGCGUAUUAUGUUGGAAAGGGCUUUUACUGCAUUUUGUUGACUGUGAGACUUGUCUUGGAUAUUCGUCGUCUGACAGACAUGUUUAAUUUUUAUACCUACCUUUUGAAUAUUCCUGAUGUCGAUAUACAAACUAUACCAUGGCAAAAAGUUGUUAACCGCAUAAUCGAGCUCAGAGAAAAUAACCCUACUACUUCCCAUCAGGGACCUAACAACAAACCCCAACAACGUCUGGAUGCACACAAUAUAACUAAUAGAAUUAUGCGUCAGGAGAAUUAUCUCAUCGCCCUCUUUAAUAAGGAUAUGCUGGAUCUUACUAUACCAAUCCCCUUUUUUAGACAAAAAAACUUUCUGACAAAAACCCUUGAGUGGAAUUUACGAUAUUGUAUCAUAAAUCAUGUGUUCAAUGAUCAAGGACAGGUCAGAAGGCAUUUUGUUAAAGACACCAGAGGUGUACAAAGGGAGAGAUUGACUCAAGGUCUGCGUCGUCGCUUCAUCUUCAUGGGAAUUCUUAAUAUCAUAUUCGCUCCUUUUAUAGUGGUUUAUCUGCUCAUAUAUUUCUUUUUCCGUUAUUUUGAGGAAUACCGUAACAACCCUAAGAACAUUGGUUUGCGUCAAUGGUCUCCUUUCGCACGUUGGAAAUUUCGGGAAUUUAACGAAUUACCCCAUUUAUUUGAUCAGAGAUUGAAUAAGAGCUACAAGCAGGCAAACAAAUAUAUCGACCAAUUUCCAAGAGAAAAGACGGCCUUGCUCGCCAAUUCACUCACUGCCGUGUUACUUCUUGCCAGUAUUAUUGAUUCCGAGGUUUUUUUGGGAUUUGAAAUUUCUCCCGGCCGUACCGUUUUUUUUUAUCUCGGAAUAUUGGUUCCGAUUGUGGCUAUUAGUCGUGGAAUGAGUGUGGAAGAUCAUGUUGUUUUUGAUCCAACAGUCAGGUUAAAGAAAGUUGUAGAGCAUACACAUUAUUCUCCCGACAAUUGGAAAGGAAAACUAGAUACCGACGAUGUCCGCAGAGAAUUUAUUCAGUUGUUUCAAGUCAAGAUUGUGCUUUUUAUUCAGGAAAUACUUAGUGUUAUUUUCACACCAUUUGUCCUUUGGUUUUCCCUUCCGGAUUAUGGUCUUGGAUAUGUUUGUAGCUUUGCAGUAUUUGAUUUCAAGAGACAUGGUAAUGUGAAGUAUGGUGCUCCGGCAGAAGUCGAGAACGAAUAUUACCUUUCGAAAGAUGGUAAAAUGGAAAAAAGUUUUUUGAAUUUUAAGGCUAAUCAUCCCGAUUGGGAACCUACCGAUCCGGCCGGAUCGCUUUACCUUAGUCGACUUAAUUUCAGCAAUCAAGUACAUCCAGAACGUCAUGAACGUCAUGAACGUCAUAAUUCAAUUCGUUCUGCACAUAUAGAUUCAAUACUAAAGAAUAAUCGACGUAGCAGCAAUAAUGUUCAUUUCGGAUAUGCUCCUAACUCUAAUUAUGCAGGUAAUACUGCCACUGGAGCUGGAAUAAAUUCCACAAUAGAUGAUAGGCCGUCAUCAUAUGUACAUAACAAUACGUCACGAAAUAGUUAUCGUGUUAGUGAUCAGUCUACUUCAGAUGUCCAAAGUUCACCGGAUUCAAGUCAAGAAGAACAUUAUGCGAGCGAUCUGAGUGGUUCAUUCUUCUUACCCGGAACAAAAUAUGGAGGUGUUGCACAUCUAUCUGAAUCCAAUGAACCUGAUCGACCACGACAUGAAGGUGUAAUUGGAUUACUAAACCAAUUCUAUGAACUCAAUAAUUCAUCUAUGUAG